UCUAACCCGAUUGUUGUCCCUGUCACACAGUAAUAUAAUUUUGCUGUAUUCCCUAGAGAGGUGAAGAGGAUACCAGCAAGGGAGAAUGCUGUUUCUUUAAGAGAGAGAGAGGGAGAGAGGGAGCGAGAGAAAGGGAGGGACCUCUUUGCCCUCCAGAAACCAGGAAGGGAAUUGAGUUGAUCUACUGCUGCCUGUUUAGCGCAUACGAGGCUUUGAGAAACAGGGACAGCUAAAGAGAGAGAGAGAGCAAGCAAGAGAGAGAGCCCCAGAGAGGAGGAGAGGAGAGACAAGCAAACCCACAAAAUCAGCACCACGGCCAUCACAGCCUGGCUCUGCUUGAUGGCUGGUCUCUGUACUUUUAAUACCUGGCAUCCUGCUAGCAACACACCGUAGCAUAUAAUUCAGCUCAGAGUGCUUACGUUGAACCAGGGCUCGAAGCUGUGGGGUUGGUGAGAGUGGACGGCUUGGGACUUGUAGUCCAUUGCAGUGGCCUAGAAGCAGUCAAUGUAACACUAUAGGACUCUACAUCCCAGAGAGCCUUGCCCUUGGCCAUACAGGAAAGGGAACAGCCGGCAGCCUAUCCCAGUGGGGAGGUGUGGUGAAUGAGCAGCUGUCAAGCCAAUCGCAGAGAGGGAAGUGAAGCCAAAGCAGUGGGCUGAAAAAAGAGGGCUGGGGGUGGGAGGAGGAAGGGGAGAGUUAGAGUUAGUAGGUGUCUGCCUGUGUGUGGGAUCAGGCAAGGGCUUGCCUGUGUAACUAGGGCCACUCGGAAGUUUUCAGACUGCAGUUACUCCACGGCACGAUCCUGCCCAGGCACAGAGGCAGGCAGGGAACACUGAGCUGGCCCACAGAAAGAAACACAUUUGUUCCCAGCUGACAGGCAGACGGACAGACGGCAGGACGGAGACCCGGGCGGUGGCUGCGAUUGGCGGCUCGGCGGCAGGCUGGUGGAAGAUGUCGUCAGGGGCCGGCGGGCGGGCGUGCGAGGCAGAGGAGGGCCCAGUGGGUAUCCCCUUUCCUGAGCACAGCGCCGACCUGCUGGAUGGCUUGAACCGGCAGCGGCUCAGUGGCCUGCUGUGUGAUGUGCUGCUGGUGGUACAGGAGCGUGAGUUCCCCGCCCACCGCUCGGUUCUAGCAUCCUGCAGCUCCUAUUUCCACAAACUCUUUACCUCAGGCCUGGCUGCUGAGCGCCAGAGUGUAUACGCACUGGACUUUGUGCAUGCUGAGGCGCUUGCAGCACUGCUGGACUUCGCCUACACAGCUACACUCACUGUCAGCCGUAGCAGUGUAGCUGACAUCCUAAGUGCUGCCCGUCUGCUUGAGAUCUCCCCUGUCCAAGACAUCUGCACACACUUGCUCGACACCAAAGUGCUCUCCCUUCCGACGGGCAGCGAGCGAAAAGAGGACGACCUGGAAGAGGACGGAAAAUGUGGAAGGAGAAGCCGAGAGCAGGGCAACCGGCUACGUGCUCGCGAGUACCUGGAAUUCUUCCAGAGAGGGGCGCACUGGAGCAGCAGCUGCAGUACGCCAGAGCUCAGGGACAUGCCCGCACACCUGCACUUUAGCCAUCGCAAUGGCGCUGACAGCAAUGGCACGCCGUCUAACUACUUCCCUCCCCCAGGAGCAGGGCUGGUGAUACACCCUCCACCAGAAUUGGAGGACGAUCCAGAUGAGCAGCAGGACGCCAAGGACGUGUUGAUCUGGGCUCGAGGGAAUGGCACUGAAGCGCUUUCGCACUUCUAUGCCCCAUCAUCACAAAAUGGACACUUCUACCUCCAUCAAUCCGAGCCCAAGGCAGAGCGGGAAGCAGAGGUGGAGCGAGAAGUGGAGCGAGGGCCUGCCAGUGCUCUCCUGCAGCAGAUGAUGGACUCUAUAGAGCGGCAGAAGGAGAGGCCAGCUGGAGCCGAAAAUGAGGGUGCUGACGGUGAUGAGCCUGAUGUGGAGUUUUACUUGAAGUACUUUAACAGUGUGCAGCGUGAGGAGUCAACUGUUCCACUCUGGGCCUCAGUGCGAGGUGGAGAAGGUAGAGGCACUGGAGGCCAGCCUAGUACAGGGAAUGCAGGCGGUGAGAGAAAAAUGCGCUCCAAGGCCUUCCAGAAGUGCCCUAUUUGCUCCAAGGUCAUCCAGGGUGCUGGCAAACUACCCCGCCACAUCCGCACGCACACUGGAGAGAAGCCCUAUGAGUGUGCCAUCUGCAAAGUGCGCUUCACUAGACAGGACAAGCUCAAGGUUCACAUGCGCAAACAUACAGGAGAAAAGCCUUACCUGUGCACACAGUGUGGUGCUGCCUUCGCUCACAACUAUGACCUGAAGAAUCACAUGCGUGUACACACAGGCUUACGCCCCUAUCAGUGCUCCAGCUGCUUUAAGACCUUUGUGCGCUCGGACCAUCUUCACCGCCACUUGAAGAAGGAUGGCUGCAAUGGCAUCCCGUCUCGUCGUGGGCGCAAGCCUCGUGUACGAGAGCCAGAUGUGCUUGAAGCACCUCUGGAGCCAACCAGCGCAGGGCUGAGAUCCACCAGAGGCCAACUGCAUCCAGAGGAUGAAGAUGAUGAAGAGGAGGAGGGCAUCGGUGUGGCUGUUAUGGAAGGAGUCACAGAGAGCCACACACAUAGCCCGCUGGCUGACGUAGAGGCUAGAGGAGAUGCAACUACAAGGCAAAGAGACGCCAAAACACCAUAAAUUACACACUCUGGUGUUGCACAGAAAUCAUAGAAAAAAGAAAAUCAGUUGUGAGAAAAAAGCUACAACUCCAUGUUUCUCUUUAAAAACCAAAUCAGGGUGUCCCAAAAAUCUAAUCUCUUAUUUUGCAUCUUUCAUCCUUUUUUUUUUUUUUCCCUUUAACAUUCAGCAUAGAGACCUGAAGCCACAGUUCCUGGCUUGUUGAAAGAGUGAAGAGCACUUGACAUCACUCACCUGUGCUGUCUCUGUCUUUCUGGGUGUCCAUUUUUGAUUUUGUCUUUUUAAAUUAACUUUGGCGUAAUCGCUUGUCCAUAUGCAUACGAGACAUCGGAGCUACUAUGCAGUUAAAACAGGUUCCUCAUCUCUGGGUUGUGUCCACAGGGCUUUGUCUUAAACAAGUGAGGUGUCAAACACCUGGCUGAUCAUGGCUGCUAAUGCAACAGGUAAACAAAGAUUGAUCCAAGAUGUGGGAGAAGCAACAAACAAAUCUUUCUUUUUUUAAUGCAGUGAAACAUAUGUACAUAUACCAUAAAGAAAAGGUUCUAUUGUCUCAGAUCAAUAUGGCAAUAUUAUGCAAUUCUGAUGCAGCACCUUCUUUAUAAAUGUUCCAGAAAGAAUCUGACAGGGGUUUGAUUUUAAGUGUUACUUUCUCUAUAAAGAAUAUACAUGGUCAUGUCUUUUUAAAAGGUUAACAUUUUAAGGCAAAACCUAUUAGGCCAUGGGAGGAAGAGAUAAAGGGAGGUUCUGUGUUUCUGAAACACUACCUUCAUCAGUUUGCCACUGAGCAAAUCCAUGUUGAAUCUUUUACCUCUCAGCCUGUUUUUCCUCCUUUUGGAAUUCUUGGGUUGUUUUUCUUGUCUUAUUUUUGUCAUUGUUGAUGUUUUCAUUUGAUUUGGCUGUUUUGGGUACUUGACACUUUACAUUGUAUACGUGUGUAUAUAUUAGGUGAUAAUGAUAUCGGUCCCUUUAUAAAAGGUUUAUUACAGAUUGAUAGAGUUAUAUCUUCAGCUUCACUCCAGACUCCUGAGCGAAGCUUAGAAAGGGUCAAAGGCUGUUUGAAUGUAUGAGAACAUUUAAUUGAGGAACCCAUUUUGUCCUAAACUCAGCACUUGACAGUACCGGGCAAGUUCCAUCCCAAAGCAUGAAUCGUGAUCUGGGUAUAUGUAUGUGUGUAUGUAUGUGUGUGUGUGUGUGUGAGGGAGAGAGAAAUGUUGAGUAAAUCUGCCAAGGUUAGUGAGCUUAGUGAGAGAAAGGAUGCUGUUUUACAGACAGCUGCUGCACAAAGGCUGAGAAUGUUUUCUCUUUCCAAGCUUGGGAAGGAAGGCAAGAGAGAUGAGCACCUUUUAUGCUUUUGCACAGCUUUACUAAAGAUUUAAUCCCAAUGGAGAAAGAAAGAGAGAGAUUUCUAUAUAAGAGAGAGAAGGGAGGUUAGAAGUACUUGUUCCAACAUUCUGCCCAUGGGACCACACAUCCACUGGACGAUUGAGGUAAUGAGAUGAGCAAUAAAUACUUGUUUGGGAUGGAAGGAGGGAUAAUGGGGGGUCGGCGUUCCAUUCAUUUUGCGAGUGUUGAUCUCUGGAACGGUGCAACACUGUCCUUUGGACACAUCCUAAGCCACGUGACUCAAUCCCCGGGGCUGGGAGAGUAAGCAUGUCAGGUUUGUGGGCACAUCCAGACAUGCUUAACUCCAAAAUCUGGCAUUGUGACUGCAGUCGCCUCCUUUUUUAUUAGAGGGACGGCCUAUCAUAGCAAAAUUCCAAAAGUGCUUGAUGGACUUUACAGACCUCAAAUAGAGUUGCCUCAUUUGGAGAAUACAGAGAAAUAUCUUGGUGUAAUUGCUGGUGGCAGUGGCUAGAGUUUAAAGUUUGUAAUACAGUUUGAGGCAGACAUUAUCACCCACUUUGCCAUUGCUGCAGCUGCAGUGCUAUGCCCAAUGUUUCAGUCCUUUGCACCUUAAGGGGAGCAGCAGGUUUUGAUUGCACUUUGUUACUGAGAAGGGCACUUUUUUGUCAAAAUAAACGGGUACUUUGAAACAAAAGAGAGAAUGUGCUUAAAAAAAAAAAAAAAGACACCCAUCCAUGUCAUGAUGCUUAGCUUGGUUCUUUGUUUUUUGAAGACUGGCUGCCAAAAUACAAUCUGUACAGUCAAAUGUUGCAGGGUUAUCAUGUUGAGUUUCCAAAAUGGUGUGUGACCUUGAUUAGAAAACAAGCAGACUUUUAAAAAGACACCCUUAAAAGAAGAUAUUGCCCUUAUAUCUGAUUGCACUUGAAGUUUUCAUUUGAUGUAAAUGUUUUUUUCUUUAUACAUGUCUUAAAAAUGCAGAAUGGGGUUAAUGACGGUGCGGCUACAUGCUUGUGUAUGUGUGUGAGUAUGCGUGUACCUGUGAGAAUGCGUGUUUGGGUGCUUGCGUGUGUUCAGGGGUCUUCCAGUAAUUCUUAAUACACAUAUUCCAAUUAGACAGUUGACCAGUUCUUUACUCUGGUUUAUAAAAUAAUGUGCAGAGAUCAGACUGCCUGUUAUAGUCUAACUCCAAUUUAUACUCAGUGACAACCUGUGCAGGGUUUGUAAUAAAAGGGAUGUGUUAGGUUAAGGUUGCUAUUGCAAGGCCACACUCUAAACAGUGCUAACUGCAGAGUGGACCUUGUUUGUUCCAACCCACAUUAUGUGACCAGUCUUUCCAGAAAUUCCAAGGUUUUAAAAUGCACUUUGGUUUGAUUAUUGGGAGCAUGGCUUCUGGCUGUCCAUGAACCUAAAUGCUACACUAAAACAAUCUGUGACUCAACUUGCAGCUGCACAACCCAGAGAGCAGAGUGAAGUUGCGUGUGAUGAAAAUUAGCCACAGCCCAAAACCAUGCCCCUUAUAACAAGUUAAGUAGUAAUCAUUAAGAAACGUAAAUGUACUUGAGUUCUUUCUUUCUUUCAUAAUUACUGUCCUUUUUUGCUGCCUGUUUACUAGAUGAAAUGAGUCUUUUCUUUUUACUCUGCAAGGGUUGUUGAUACACUUACUUUUAAGUUAAUGGCUCUUGUAUAGAUUUGACGUGUAUAGGGGAGGGACCUAGUUUUUGGUGGCUCAGCUGGGGUGAUAUGUAGCCUGACAGCACUGGAUAUGGUGCUAUAGUUGAAACGGCAAGAAUUUUUUUGCACUAAAAGUCCUUAAAUAAGAAGGACUGGUUAACUCGGCAAGGCCUUUGAGUUUCCAUGAACACAGAAUUAAACCUAAUUUAAGUCUGCUUCAUUUCCCUUUUUUAUGCCUCCCUUAAUAAUAUUAUUAUUAAUAUUAUUAUUAUUAAUCAUUAUAAAUCCAAAGUAGGUAAAGACCUGGAUUACUUGAAUUUUUUUUUUAAACUUGUAUCUGAAUAAGCUUGCUGUCUCUUUCUUACUUAAUCUAAUGAUUGCAUCAGAUAACAUUUCCAAAUAACGCCAACAUUAUUGAGCAACAUAACUUGUUCAAAAAGUAGUUUGGUUAAAAAAAAAAAUCUAAAGCACAUAUUAUAUGUCAGUGAAACCACAACACAAGACACACAAUGGUAGAGUAUUUAGGACAUUGUCUAACUUAACAGAAACUGUUAACUAGAUAAAACGCUAAAUAACUUUAUAACUUAUUUGACGAAGUAAUGACACAUCUGUAGGUUCAUAGCAGCUCACUGGCCUUGUUUGGGACUUAAACAUUGUAUAAAUGGGUCCAUGAGGAGUCUGAGGGAGGCUGUGUUUAAACCUGACUAAGUGGAGAGGGAACUGUGCGAGAAUGUGCCUUAAGAUGGGAGGCUAUCAGGAUUAUCGUUCUUGUUAAUUCCAGUAAACAACCACACCAGAAUGUUUGAGCUGGUUAUAUGAGGCAAUGCGAGGGUGAAAUGUAGUGUUGGGCAAUGUGACAAUAUAACAUGAAUAUUAUGAUUGAUUACAACAUAUACAAAUACAGACAACCUUGACAAAUCCUAGGCAUUGUCUGUACUUUUUAUAACCUUUACGGAUUCCAUUGUUACACAGAUAUUCCACUAGCUGAUUGGCUGUUAUAGUGUUUUUGUCCCUUUUCUCAUUUGUUAAAUCAUUAGUUGUUUAGAUAUUAAAUAAGCAUUAACUGAAGCCAUGUUUCUACAUAUGUUUUUAAACUCAGCAUUACUAUUUUGCUUGCACUAUAUCAAGCGUAAACAUCACAACAUAGAUGUGAUGUGUUAAAAUGUCUUUAGGAGUAUUGUCAUUUCGCCCAAUCCAAGCGCCAGCCUUCACUCCUCUUUAUAAAAGGUUGAUGUCUCAGCUCCCUCUUAUGACUCCUCUAAGAUAGAUGCUAGAAUGAGAUGGUGUCUCUUUAAAUGAAAUUGUCACUUGUAAUAUCUAAAUAUUUGUCUUUGUAUUAUUUAUUUGUCGGGUUCUGGACAACCAAUAAAAACACAUGCAAAGACGGUGAUUACUGUAACAAUCAAUGAACGAAAGGUAGCAAAGGUUGAUAACGGUCACGUCUGAGCUAUAAAUCAGCAUGCCAAGGGCUGAGUUCUGAGUAGGUAUAUGCAACCUAUAGAGAGAUUUGUGUUGUAGUUCUGCACAUCCAUUGAGAGACUGCUGUCUGUUGCUUACAGGCGCUUUGCACUAGGAGUCCUUUAUGGGUGUGGGAACCAGUGGUUUGCACAGACUGGGGAGAGCGAGUAGAGUUUUUGUACAAACACAGGUAGUAGUUGUGUCGUUAUGUUCAGGAAUGAAUGAUUCCUACCUAAGCGUGUGAUAGCUUCAGAUGUUGUGCUUUACCAGUCAUUGAAACGAUAUUGAGCAGCAGUGCAUGGCGUGCUUGUGUGUGUCAUUGUCUGGUAGAACACAAGUCACUGUUGUGGAAAUUAUGGGUAAUCAUCUAUUUUUUUAAGUCAAUUGCUUCUCAGGUUGAAAAACACUGCAGACCAUUGGUUUGGUACCACCCCAUAGUUUAUGCCUUGCAUCUAAUCAAAGCUUUAUUGUACAAUUUUUUGUCCAUGUAAAGAUUUUAUCUACCGAACAGACCUAUGCACCCACAGUCCCCCUCAUUACUCUGUCUAUCGUGUGUAUUCUACGGUUCUCAAGAAAAGAAAAUCAAAGAGUUAGAAUAUUAUACAAAAACAUCAAACUGUGUAGUUAACAUCUUUCCCUGAGUUUACAGUUUGAUCUGGCUACAUUCCAGCCUCUGGGCCACAGAAUAUCAACAGUAGUGAGAGUAGUUUGUGACAGAGUGAAACUUUUUGUUGGUUUUAUGAAGCCAACAACAAAUCCAGGAUGCAUUCCAUAACUACAAAAUUCCCACUUACAAACAAUGGCGGGAGAGUAAACAUGCUUAGGUUUGAGGGAAGAAAUGUGAUGUGUUGCCUUCUUUCAGCCCUGAGGUUAGCAAGUAGGCAGCAAUGUGGGCUUCUCGUGGCCAUCGUUGCUGUUUGCAGGUUGGCAGUUGUAACAAAAAAAGGCACUUUAAUGUGCUUUCUCCAUUGGAUUUUACUGUUAAUGUUAUCAUUGCUGUUUUCUUCUCUAUUGUUAAUGUGUUUCUUUUCUUCUUCUUUUUUUACAUCUCAUUGUGGAUAUGAUGAUUUAUUUAAAUGCAAAAAAAAAAAAAAACCUACAUGAAAAAAAAAACUUGAACAUGCUAAUAUUUGGGUUGAAGUCCUUUCGAACUGCCGCCCCACUAAUUAACAUGCAUUUUUAGACCGAUAAAAAGCAAGGAACAACAGCAGUAGUAAAUCAAACAGAACAUCUAAUAAAACAUUUUUGGUUGGAAAGACAAGUCUAUAAAAUAUGUUUAAAGGACUUUCCAGAAUUCACAUUUACAGCUUACAAAGCUGCAGUUGAGAAAUGGUACUGUGGUGGCCUUGAACCCCUCAAACCCAUCCAGGGUCUAGUUGCACAUACUCAUCUUUAACAGUGUCAAUCUUCCAUGCACAUAUGACGCCACAUAUGACCUCUCUUUAUUUUCCUACUCUGAUGCUAGUUUGUACAAGCACACUAUUAUAGAUUUCAAUCACUUGUUAACAUAAAUUUCAGUGGUAGAGGGACAAACAAAAUAUCCGUAGAAACAUAUACAAUAUUUUUGUCAAGACCUUACAGAGAUUAUAUAGUGUAUAUAAUUAUAUUAAAUGCAAACGGGCAAAAAAAACAAACAAACACAGAAACAGCAAUUCAGCAAUAGCCUCUUGGUUUAAACCCUGAUUACAAGCAUUAGGGCACAUUCUAACAGUUCACGUAAGCAGACUCUGGGGCGGCAGAAUAUUUCCCAUUAUCUCAGGCUUGGACGGUAGCAAUCCUGUCCUUUUUCAGCUAAAAUUAAGUCCUAUUCCUUUAAAUUGUCAGUGUCUGUUGAAGCUAAGGAAGGAUGGGCGAGUUUGGGAGAAUUUGCACUUUUGCUGAUGAAAAGAAUUUGUAUUGUAUAUGAGACCACUAAAUGUGCAUCGUCUAAAUCAUGUAAUUCCUUUUUUUUCUGAAUUUGUUUCCAUUUUAUUCUGUUGGGUUUAAUUUUUGUUUUGUUUGUUUAUUUUUAUGAAAUAUAUCCAAAAAUGUCUGGUGUCCUGGUUUAAGAAAUAAGAUCUUUCUAUUAAAAAAAAAGAAAUGUU